AUGGCAACUAUUGCCCCUGCUCCAAAGGGAAACUGCCUUGUUGCUCGAGCCAUUCCGGCUGAUGCGGCGAUUCCGUCAUCUGACGUGCUCAGUGGUCUUUUGAGCAAACUGACCGUCGGCGACCCGAAAUGCGCAAACAAGUUUGAAUCUACUCAUGCCGUCACUCCAUCCGACUUCCGCGACAUCCAGAACAUCCGCUCAUCUGCAUUGGCCAAAAAGACAAAAACCGCGAAGUUCCAACUCGAUGGUGUCAAACUAUACGCCGACUUGACCCCACCCAAACAAAGUGUACGAGAUGAGGAAGAUGAAGACGACGUUGAGAUAAAGAAAAAAGAAGGAAAGGAAAAGAAGAAUGUGGAACAAAAGUCAGAACAAAACAAAGAGAAAAAGUCAGACAAAAAGUUGGACGACAAAGAAAAAGAAAAGGAACUCGAGCAGAAAGUCGCCGGUAAAGAUGAGAAGGAAAAUGAGGAGGUGAAGGAUGGGGAGCUUCUUGGUAGAGGUCCAGUACAGAAUGUCCGUGUUUCAAAUGUUGGACACCAUCCAUAUCAAAGAGCACCUCAAAUUCCAUACGGAUGCACUGCUCAAACGCCAUCAGCAGACAUUUCAGCAUACAUGGGUUACGGUAGCGGAUAUGAAUGCGGAAGCAGUUGGUCGCUUAGUCCAGACACCACCAUUGGGUCGAUCUCCGCUUCGACAACUCCUGACACCGUGCUGUCAUCGGAAGGAUACGGUUCCUCGUCUCCUCAGCAGAUUAGUCCAAAGGAUAGCCCAUUCUCGGAGAUUUCCUCGGCUGACACCUCUCGUGUUUUGACUCCGGAGAACAACGAAUUGCCAGAAAACCUGCAGGACUUCAUUUUGCAAUACUCAAAUCAGUACACCAGAGAGGACAGCGUCAAGGGACGCCCUCCAAGCGCCGACUCGGGAGUCUGCUCCCCAAUGUCGGCUCGUUCGGCACCCAAUGCAUCUCCACAAGUCCCACAAGGAACCUGCAGUGGCCCUACUACGCCAUCGUACAACCAAACGCAUCUUAGCCCGCGCACCAGUGAGAAUGGCAUUGUCACUGCCAAACAACGCCUUCAGGCACUCAUCCCUGAACAUGAUCAGGCAACUGGAUUACUUUGGGGCUGCACUAUUAUCAGAGACCUCCUGAAGAACCGCGAUUCUGAUGGUGACACCCCACUCCACAUUGUUGUCGCUCAUCAUGACCAUGGAAAGAUUUUCGGAUUGUGCGAGACCCUGAAAAAGACUAGCAAUGAGAAUGAGGAGAACAUGUUCAACGUCUGCAACAACUACGGCGAGACACCACUCUAUGUUUCUGUUAUACAGAGAAAUCUUGAGCUUGUUGAAUAUUUCUUGGAAUGUGGCGCUUCUCCAAACGGACAUAGCAGUCGUGCUCUUGGAGAUACUCCGCUUCAUUUUGCUGCUUCUCGUGGAAUGGUCAAUAUAGUCAGGGCUCUGCUCAACUGCAGAGAAACCGAUGUCAACUCAAGCAACGACGGCGGACAAACUCCUUUCAUGUGCGCUGUUAAAAUGCAUGGAAUGAUUGAUGAGGAUACUCAUCAAAAAAUUGACAAUAGAGCUGUCCUCUCAAUGCUAUUGGAAAAAGGAGCCGACCCAGGAGUUCAGGAAUGCGGAACCGGAAAAACAAUUGUCCACCUUGCAAUUGAUAAGCAGGAUGUGGAGUUGAUUGAUCACCUCAGCAAAAUCCUGACCGAAGAAAGCUUCGUACAUUUGGCAACCACGAUAAACUACGACCAACAAAGUGCUGUCGAGAUUCUUGGAUCGCAGAUUUACGAGGCGCACAACAGUCACAUUCGUGAAGCACUCUACAUUCGCCUCCUUGUGUGCGGUGUUCAUAAACACUAA